UUUCAGAACGGCAGAAGGGUGGGGCAGCAUCAGCGGAACCCGGAUGCAGAUGCUGACCGACGGAGAGCAGGAAGCCGGAGAGAAUGAAGAGGAGAGAAGUCUGAGAGAGAAGGAGCCGGUGGAGGUAGCAGCAGACUGCAGCAGAGCAGGCGGGGAUAUCCCGACCGUGAAGAGCAGCUCUUGUGGAUUCUGGCUGUUUUCAGGAGCCUCUCUUUAGCAAAAAGCCGGUUUGGUUUAGUUGUUUGUGCAGCAUCCGCGCCGGCUGAGGGAGGAGAUGUAGUAAGAUGAUGAGAACAACCGUCCAAGGGAGGUAGGAAGGAAAGAGGGAGGGAGCACGGGGAGUCGCCAGUUAAGGAUGCUUGUUGUUUCUAGAAACAAGAUGAACCAUCGGACCGAGCUCUGAUCCUCCUUCUCUACCAGCACCGGCACAGGGAGCGCAGCCCUCCCCGCUGCAGCUGUCUCGACCGGGGGGCGCAUUUCGCUUGUCUGCCUUGGCCUUCCCGGAGGCAGUUUUUUCUUUUUUUUACACUCACCCUCCUCUUCCUCUGUUUCCUGAUGCAGGGCGAGGGAGGGGGUGAGCCAAAGUGUGCACCGGAUAUUGGAAAACCCAUUCUUCUUGCUUAUGCCUUUGCGAAAGCAGAUUAUAAUCUGGACAACAACAGACAGGCAGAUUCUGAGCAGACUAGGCCCGGGGCUUGACAGGUGCAGGGAAAUGUGUGAUGUUAGGAGGACACUGUUAACAUUUUUGGACGGCGGCAGCAACAGCGAAGACGGGGGUCCCAUCGAUCCUCGGGAUGGAUCCAAUCAGGCGGUUCUGACUUGGCUUAUUUGAGACUGUACUCUUAAGAGAAAUCAAUCAGAGGCAAAAGUAUCCUUCCUUUCCAGCUCAUGUAUGAGAUCCUUUUCUGCUCCACUUUGGCCAACUAUAAGCUAUAUGCACACGUCAUCUUUUCCCACCUUUCCAUGUGGAUGAUGCUGCAUUCCGAGCGGUGCUGAAAGGGAACUGAUUCUGGAUCUGACUGCAUGACAAGUUGAAGGGAGUAGCCUGCAGGGCCCUGGCUUCGGAUCACGACCAGUUUAGUCAUUUUUCUCUACCGCCUGUGAUGCGCGUUGUGGCGGUCUUGCUCUGUCUUAUUUCGCGGGAUAAAGUCGACUUUCGGCAAGAAUGAGCAGCAAAGAGAUCACAGUGGGCCAGUCCAGCCAGUACGUGGGGCCUUACCGGCUGGAGAAGACCCUCGGGAAGGGACAGACAGGCCUGGUAAAGCUGGGUGUCCACUGUAUAACAGGGCAGAAGGUGGCCAUAAAGAUUGUGAACAGAGAGAAACUCUCAGAAUCAGUUCUGAUGAAGGUGGAGAGAGAGAUAGCUAUUCUUAAACUAAUAGAGCACCCCCAUGUUCUGAAGCUCUAUGAUGUCUAUGAAAAUAACAAAUACCUGUAUUUGGUGUUGGAGCAUGUCUCUGGUGGGGAGUUGUUUGACUACUUGGUGAAGAAAGGCAGGCUGACUCCCAAGGAGGCCCGGAAAUUCUUCAGACAAAUCAUCUCUGCCCUCGAUUUCUGCCAUAGUCAUUCCAUAUGUCACAGAGACCUGAAGCCAGAGAAUCUUCUCCUGGAUGAGAAGAACAACAUUAGGAUAGCGGACUUUGGCAUGGCCUCGCUACAAGUUGGGGACAGUCUGCUGGAGACCAGUUGUGGAUCUCCUCAUUAUGCUUGUCCAGAGGUCAUUAGGGGAGAGAGGUACGAUGGUCGCAGGGCUGAUGUCUGGAGCUGUGGAGUUAUUCUCUUUGCUCUGCUUGUGGGUGCCUUGCCCUUUGACCAUGACAACCUGCGGCAGCUUCUGGAGAAAGUGAAGAGCGGAGUUUUCCACAUGCCCCACUUCAUACCGCCUGACUGCCAAGCUUUGCUUAAAGGAAUGAUUGAAGUCAAUGCUGACAAAAGACUCACGCUAGAAGCAAUACAGAAACACAACUGGUACCUGGGUGGCCGUAAUGAGCCUUGCCCAGAACAGCCUCCUCCUCGCCGGGUGUGUGUGACGAGGAUCCUGUCCCUAUCAGAACUGGACCCAGAUGUCCUUGAAAGCAUGUACUCUUUGGGGUGCUUCAGAGACCGAGUGAAACUCACACAGGACCUUACAAAUGAGGAGGAGAACCAGGAGAAAAUGAUCUACUACCUCCUAUUGGAUAGAAAAGAGCGAUACCCAAGCUGUGAAGACGAGGACCUGCCACCCAGGAAUGACAUUGUUGUCCAAGACCCACCAAGGAAGCGUGUGGAUUCCCCCAUGUUGACGCGUCAUGGUCGUUGUCGUCCAGAGAGAAAGAGCUUGGAGGUCCUCAGUGUUACAGAACAAGGGUCUCCCACCCCACCUCGCAGGGCUCUGGACACUAAUGCGCACAGCCAGAGGUCUCGUUCAGUCAGCGGUGCAUCCACAGGUCUGUCCUCCAGUCCCCUCAGCAGUCCCAGGAGCCCAGUCUUCACCUUUAACCAAUCAGAGGUCACCUCCACUUCCUCUUCCAAAGACCCCAAAGCAGGAAGUGCCACCACUUCUCGGCCCACCCGUCCGAUGCCUGACCCAAAAACCCAGACCUUGCCCUCCAAGGGUCCCACUGACCGGCCUCAGCUCCACUCCAUGAAGUCACUCCCCCUCCAAACACCUCGCUCUCCUUCGCCAUCCCCCUCUCCCAUCCUCUCCCCCAUCCCACGGUUCUUCAACUUCCCUUCUCCUUCCGUCUUCAGGUCCAAGAAUGUCCACACAUCCUCUAACUCAUCUGCCACCCCUUCCCCUGUUUCGCAGGUUACGCCACAGGGCUCGCCUCUGCCCACUCCGCUUGGCACACCCGUUCACCAAAUCCAACACCCUUCCUCCACCACCCCUCCCUCCUCCUCCUCUUCGUCUUCGUCCUCCAGAGUGGACGGAGCGGGCGGGGCGUCACUGUCACUGACCCCGCCCUCCAGUCCAGGAGGGAGUGGCAAUCUGGCCGCCUCGAGUUCCACCCACUGGAGGACGAGGCUUAACUCGUUUAAAAACAACCUGCUGGGCUCUCCACGUUUCCAUCGACGUAAACUGCAAGUUCCUACAUCAGAGGACAUGUCCAGUCUGACUCCUGAGUCCAGUCCAGAGCUGGCUAAGAGGUCGUGGUUUGGUAACUUCAUCAGUCUGGAGAAGGAGGAGCAGAUAUUUGUGAUGAUCAGAGACAAGCCGCUCAGCUCAAUCAAGGCUGACAUCGUUCAUGCCUUCCUCUCUAUCCCCUCUCUCAGCCAUAGUGUGGUAUCUCAGAAUAGUUUCAGGGCAGAAUACAAGUCCUCGGGUGGCCCAUCUGUCUUCCAGAAACCUGUCAAGUUCCAGGUGGACAUUGCUUUCUCUGAGGAAGAGAGGGAACGCGAGAGAGAACGAGCGGAGAGAGAAGGACGAAGAGAGAUGGGCAUCUACAGUGUCACCUUCACUUUACUAGCAGGUCCCAGUCGCAGAUUUAAAAGAGUCGUAGAAACUAUUCAAGCUCAGCUUCUUAGCACCCAUGAUCAACCUUCUGUGCAAGCUCUGGCAGAUGAGAAGAAUGGUCAGCUCUCCCGUCAGCCCAGUGUUCCUUCCCAUCAGAACUCCCGGCAUUCUGAAAGUGGAUCGGAUCGAGUUGAAAGGGAGCAUACAGCAGACGGAAUGAGUGGCAGCAGCAGCAGCAGCAGCGGAACCGUCUUACAGCGGCGAGAGUCAGGGAGAGACAAGAUCAGACUCCUUUCAUCGUCCAACGGGACGCAGUCUCACCCUUGAAAAGAAUAUUGCUAAUAAGAAGAGAGGGUCGUCUAUCUAGAGGUGUCCGUCUGGCUUCCCUCUCUUUCUCUCAGUCCUUCCAGCAUUCUCUCCUUUGCCUUUCCCUUAUUUCCUUUUAGGCUUCUGACCUCUAACCCCAAGGGAUAGAAGAUGGGAAGGACCUUUGUCAAAGAUAGUCUAGAGAUACGACUGACGAUUCCCCAGAAGUGUCUAUCUGUAGUAGAAAUGGGUACUGAUGAAGUGAGAAAGCAGAACAGAGAAAACUCACAGCCAGGUAAACAAGUUGUCCACCUCCCACAAGUGAACAAAGCACAGGACAUUUCUACUGAACAAUCACAAUCAACAGUUGCUUCAGACUUUGCAGGAAACCUCCAAGUACAUCGGUGAGGAUGGUUUACGCUGAUCAUGGCCAAUGAGUGCAACGAAACAUUCUGAUUCAUCAUUUCCUGCCCAUCCAGUUUGAUCACCUGCAUCACUUCUUCUCCUCACCUUUCUAUGGGAAAAACAAAUGUGUUUUCUCCAACAGACCAACAUGAGGGAAAAUUGGCCAAGAAUUAAAUGAGAUUGUUUGAAGUGGAUUGUGUCGCUACAUACUAAGCAAACCCUGUUGUAAUUUUUCACAA